AGGAUUGGAUCGUUGCCUUCAAAGUUUAGUUGCUCGUUCUUUGCUCCUCGCCACUCUCGCUGGCUUAAUCGAGAUGCUUGUCGUGCGGUAUGAUAGUCGGUCUCACAACGCAGCACAAGUGGAUCUCGGCCAAAUUCCUGCUUGCUAGCCAGGCCGACUUUCUUUCGGUGAAGAAAGUACCUCGGCCCAUCGCAGCUUCCGCAAUUACAGUUAACACCCCACCACAGCUGGUACAUCAGUCCACGUCUCAAUUGCAACUGCUUCGUUGCUUACAAUUCAAAACAAUUGACCUGCACCCGGCACUGCCAAGCAAACCAUCAACGCAUCUAUCCCGCCCUCCACCAUGUCCAACCCCAUCAACUACAGUUUCUACGGCACGACCGUCCCUGUGCUGCGCAGCAUCUUCUCAGCUGCCAUCAGCAUAGUUCGCACUGCCAAAGAUGAGCAGUCAAAGGGGGGUCUUCCCUCCGAGCAGGAAGUCCUCGACUCCACCCUCGGCGACAUGUUGCCCUUCCGCAUGCAGCCCAUCCUCCUGGCCAAGUUCUCCCUCGCGGGCCUCGACUACCUGAAGCUGCCCAAAGCCGAAGUCCCCGCGUUCAACCCCGCGUUCAAGACGCUCGACGAGGUGAUUACGUUCUUCGAGGGCGCGCAGAAGGCGCUCGACAGCAUCGAUGAGGCCGAGUACACCGCCGCCGCCGCCAAGAGCUGCGACAUUGCCUUUGGCCCUGGAAGACCCACCCUGAGCAUGACGGCUCUUGACGACUAUUUCCACAACUUUGUCAUCCCCAACUCGUACUUCCACCUCAACACCAUGUACAUGCUCCUCAGAAACGCAGGGUUCAAGCUGGGCAAGAGCGUCUAUAUUGGAUCCUUCAUGAGCGAGCAGCAGAAGAAGGACUGGGCUCCUCUGAGCCAGUAAAGCAUGCUCGUGUCCAGUCAAGAGGAUGACGCGACGUGGUCAAAAGAUACGAAAUAUCGAUGGCGUGCUAGAAUGAAUAGAGCUUCGCCCACAACGCAUUUCUCUCAAAGUACGACAUGUUGAACAGGUUUAAUUUGCUAGCAGCUGCGCAUGAAGAGCGUGACAUGUGUACCUACUAACGUAGUGUCAUCAACGCUCGUGGACAGCAAGAC